AUGCAACCCGGGCAAGAGGCUCCCAGGUUACCUCAAGGGGAUGAUGUGAAGUGGAUAAGCUUGGGUUACUAUGGAUCCUCUGACCUAGUUGGGAAGGGAUUGGAUCUGAAGAAACUUCAAAGCCAGGGAAAGAGCAUCCUGCUUCACUUCUGGGACUAUACAUCUGUAGACAGUCUUGAGCUUGUGCCUGUCAUGGAGCGAAUCAAUUGGAGAUUCGCACCGUAUGGAUUGGUAGUGAUUGGGGUCCACAGAUCACGGUACAGGUUUGCGAAGAACAGCCUCUUUGUGAAGAAUGCUUUUGAAAGACUUCGACUGAAUUACGCGGUUGUGAAUGAUAUCGAUGGCGACAUUACGAACGCUUUCGGAGCUCAUGACAUCAAUACCAUGUUCCUUAUCAACAACGAUAACAGCAUCGUAGCAGUGAAGAGUGGAUACCAUGUGGGAAGCCAGAUGGAGAUGAACAUCUGUCAGUACUUCUCCCGAACGAACCAAGGUAUAAUGUGCAAUCCUCAAUGGCCUUGGGGUAACUACUACGCGCAAUGGAAGCAGAGUACCGUGAAUGGGAAGCAGAAUCUCUGGCUGGCAGCUGGAGGAGGCUAUGAUGGCAAGCGUUGCCAUCAGGCUUCAAAAGAUGUCUUUGUUGGAAACUACGUAUCGGACAACUUGGGUCACACCUCCAUCUACCCUGGUUCCCUGUCCCGUUAUCAGCAUGUCAAUGCUGAAUCACGGGGCGGUGCGUUCAAGGACCUGUCUGGAGUUCCGUUGGACGAUGGCGCGUUUGCCCUAAGUGGUGAAUGGGCCAUGUUGGACCAGGGAAGAGAAGUGAUGGGGAGCAAGGGCGGAGGGCUUGUUGACACCCACCUCCGAGUCCGAUAUCACGGUGACAUGGCAUACGGGUUGCUCGGACUGAAGAAGAUAGAGCAAUGGAAGGUUGAUAUGUGCACCGACGGAACAUCUGGCAACGAGAAAGCUGGCUUGCAAUGUAAGACGCAGUGCCGAGACGUUGCUGGGCGGUAUGGUCCCUACGGGUAUUGCCAUACCAGUAAGGAUUCGUGGGGUGGGUGCAAGCCAUGCGAGCCUGUGCGACCUUCGAAGGUGUACUUGUUGCUGGAUGGGUCACCUGUUCCUAAAGAGUCCCGUGGAGCUGAUGUUGUGGAAGAUGCUUUGGGAAGGACGUACGUCCCCGUCCUUGAUUCAAGAAUUUAUUCUUUGAUUUCUGAGUAA